AAAAAAACGAGAUGGAUUCAAUAGACGUGAACGAAACUACUUUGGAAAUCACGGCAAUCACCGCAACGGAGAUUAUUGAAGAAUUGGGAUACCAGACGACAAUAAAGAUCUUCGAAGCUAUAACAUGUUUCACGAUAAUACUGGGCAUCCCUGGAAAUAUCUUCGCAUACCUGACUGCCUCGCGGUUCACCCAGAACUCCUCCGGACAGGCAUUUAUCAAAUGUCUGGCUGUCAGUGACAUGAUUGCAGGUGUGCAAGAUGGAGUGAUGGAAUCAUCUCUCAGUUUGAUCGGAUUUGACGUUUUUUCAUCUCACCCUCUCUUGUGUCGGUGGCUUGGAUUCUUCACCUACGCGACAACUAUUUCAGCCGGAUAUGUUCUGCUGGCAAGUGCAGCCGACAGAUUGGUUGCAAUUUGGAAGCCAAUCUACUACAAGCAGAAUUCGAAGCCAAUCAGGGCCGUCAUAACCACAGUUGCAAUCUGGUUUCUCACAGUCUUAGGAACAGUCCCUAUAUUUUUCGAGUAUGACUUGGAUGGAACUUAUUGCAACUACGUGUUUGAGAACCGCUGGGCUAUUUUUCCGGAGCAAUGGCAGUUCCACGUGUAUUACGAACUCAUUUUUGUCGGAGGAUUCAUCACACCUGGUGUGGUGGUGUUGGCUGUGAACAUGGUGAUUGUGUACAAAAUGAAUCGCACAAUUGUCAAAAUAUCUCGAAGGGAGAAGGAGAGAACAGUCUGCUUGAUUGUACUGUCUGUCUCCUUCCUCGUCUGCCUAGUGGGAAUAGGAUUCAUGGCUAGACUCGGUACUGUGUUGAGGAAUUCGAAACCCAGUGAAGCCAAUCUCAUCAAUUACAUCAGG